AUGAAGAUUGAUAAUCUACCAGACACUAAAGCCAUUAAACAGAAAGAGGAGAUCCACAGUAAGAGGACAGUUCCUAAGGAAGCCUGGCCCAAAGAGAAAAAAUCCUUGCAAAUAGAUAUUGCAGUGACGGAGACAUCCCUGGUGAUGAAAAAUUCCCUGGGAUUGCAACCUCCAAGCCAGACAUUUUGUGUGACAUAAACUCAAGAACUCCCCAAGCCCUGUAGUAGCAGAAAUAUUCAGAUACUUAAGAGUAACCCACCACCUGAACUUGGGGACAUUUCAGUGACAGCUCCAGUCCAGAGUGCCAGUCGUCUCCUGGCCCUGCCUCCAGCUCCAAGCCAGGGACAAAUAGAGAGUAAGAACGUGGAUGAUAUUAAAACCAAGCUUUCAAAGAUUCUGGAUGCCUAACACAUCCCAAAAGAAAACCAAGAUCCUCCACUACUCCCUUUAGAAAUCCCUGAUAUUCACCAGCCGCUGGCCUACACCGGUCCCCUCAGACAAGAGGAGCAGCCUGGUUCUGAAAAUGCUGAUCUGGGAGAGAACAGCCUGAGUUGUGAGGACCUAGGGACACUUGAAAAUGGGAUUGAAUCUAGCAGUGGUUUUGCAGACAUUACUACACUGGCGGAGGAUAUUCACCUUCCCCAGCUCUUUAGUUCUUUGAAAGAUCUUGAUCAAUCCCAAGGUCCCAACGUGAUCAAAGCCAAAGAUACCAGAGCCUUUAAGGUGAAUCAGGUGCAGGAAAAGCCAAGUGUCAUAAAGGUUCCCUCUGAUCAACCCAGGAAGAACAAACAUAAAGCCUCUGAGCUUAUCAGUGGUGCUCCCAAGGCCAAAAUCCAGCCAAAGAAUCCAGAGUUGUUAGGGGGAGAAGUGGUUAUAUGCAAUGCUGCAGUCAGUGACAGGGCUCCUGUGAACACGGCCAAGCACCCUCAAGGCAAACCUCAGAAAGCUGCAUCCAGAAAGAUCAGCAAAACUAAGAGCCAUGGGCAGGAAAAGACCAAAAGGACCAGAGGAAGAAACAAGGCUGAAGAGAACAAGCAGUCAGGGAAAAAAGUCAAGGCAGAAGAGAAGCCAGCAAUUCCCAACACGAAGCGAAAGGAACACCAAACUGAGCUUCUCCAACAGAGCUUUCAAAAGCCUCGAACCUCCCUUGGCGUGCGCACGCUGGAGUCUGUGAAGGUUCUUCAUGCACUGGGGAAAAAGAAUGAGACGAAAACUGGGCUCUUUUCCUGUCGGGUCUUGGGAAAUUCAAGCAACCCCAAAGACCCCCAGCCACCCCCAGCUAUCCAGCCAUGGCGGCAUACUCCACGUGAGGGGAAGAGUCCUGAGAAAACGCAAGUCCAAGCCCAGAAACCAGACAGCAGUGCUGAAACAGAGUGUCCAUCUCCAGCCCAGUAUGAGCGGCCUCCUCCUGGGAAGGUCAAGUUGAUACCUCUGCCUUUUUCUGCCUGGGACAAGCCUCAAGCUCGACCCGCUCCUCGGAGGCCACAGUCUCUGGCCUCACAUCGGCCUGCUGGGGCUUACCAUGCCCAGCCUGGUUCUACUGACUCAGCUCAACCUGCUGCAGUCAAUUCAUCCCAGCCAGCUCCUGCCUCUCUGCCAGGUCCUGCCAAAUCAGCUCAGCCAACUGUGACCAACCCAACCCAACCGGGUUGAACCAACCAUACCCAGCCUCGUGUCCCUCAGUCUGCUGCUCCUAGGCCUGCACCCUACAAAACUUCAUCUUGCACUUCUCUCCAGCGGGAGCCUGUUCCCCCUGCUGUGACUAAGCGCCAGUCCCCACCCAAGCUCCAAACCCAACUUCUAUGCCAAGACUUCAGCAAGCAACGAAUUCCAUGGAGGGAACCCAACGUGCCUGAGCCAGUAAUGUCAAAGCCCAUUGAACAAGAGCAGAGGCCAGAGCGAGAGGCCAUGAAGAGGCGGGCUCAACAACGUGAGAAUGCUGCCAGAUACACCUCUUCGGGGAAACUGCAAUUUUUCAUUGAGAGGGAAAAAGAAAUGGAAAUUGCUGACUACUACAUAUAUGUAAAGUAA